UAAUUGAUAUUUUGUAUUUCUAAAGAUACACUACAUCGCAUCACGAGGGACAAGCUGCCUCUCGUGUAAUGGCUUGACCAACCCCAGAUCUUGCACAGGAUUUCGGAAUCGAAUAUCUAUCCAAUUGAGCUUAUAAGAAUUACUGUUAAAUAUGGCUUCCAAUACAAUUCCUAGUCCUGCUUCGGAGACUGCUGCUCCUGGCAAAACCGACUCUUCUCAAAAAAACAAUGCUCCCCCAGCUCGUCGUUCGCGGCCUCCAAGGCCCAACUACCGACACAUCCAUCGCUUCCCUUUCCCGGUUGAGGUGCAUCCUCUCCCUCCUCUCAUCCCCCAUAACCCUCUCUCGCUCGUCAGUGUACUGCUUUCCUACCUGACGUACUUUAUUUCUCCCCCUCACCAGGAAGUCUACUCUGCCUACUUUGACUCUGCCACAUCCUCGGUCCAUGUCACAGAUCCUAAGGCUAUAAAGGCGCUAUGGGAGAUGGGUUUCUUUGGUAAGGGAACCCUGAGUCGAAGUGAGCCGAGCUGGCUUGAGCGUGAGAAGAAGAGACGAGGUCUACUUGGGGGAAUGACUAGCGAAGAGGUUACACGACAGCGGCGGACGGAACGCCGCGAAUUGAAAUUGGAGCGCGCGAGGAUGGAAAAGCUUGCCAUUGAGGAGAGACUCAAGGCCGAAGCGGCUGCCAGGGACGGCACCGCGACGUCAAACGAGCAGUCAUCCCUCUCACCCACUCCGAACAGUGGCUCUGAAGGCGCAGUAUCAACUACGGAGAAGUUUUCCCUAAGGAAAGCACGGGAAGCCAGGGAAGCCAAGCUCCUUGAGUCACAACGUUUAGUAUCACAAGACGGCAAUGCACGCACCCCUAACUCCGCCGGAAAGCGGUCACCUAGUGGCAGCAAAACUGUGCGGUUUUCUCCGGUUGUUCAAGCCAAGGAGUUUGCUUCUGAUUCGGCUAUUCUGAGCUUGCCAGAAACAUCUGCGGAUGGAAAGGUGGACGGAGGUAAGGCAGAUGAGGAGCCGGAAUUAAGUAAUGAAGAGCACCUUCAAUUAUCUAACGAAGAGGCCUUCUUUCUUGCAUAUGGGCUGGGUGUCUUGCGUGUUCGCGAUGAUACUCGCAAAUCCGAGAUUCCUACAUCUUCUCUGCUGCCAUUAUUAUGUCGACACUCCUACUUCCCUCCUAGAGCCCCGUCAGCGGAUCUCACGCCGGACGACCCAUUUAUGAUAUCAUAUGCUGUGUACCACCAUUUCCGUUCUUUGGGUUGGGUUGUGCGCUCCGGAGUGAAGUUCGGUGUGGACUACAUCCUCUACAACCGUGGUCCGGUCUUCUCACAUGCUGAGUUUGCUGUCGUGGUCGUCCCAUCCUAUGGCCAUGGCUACUGGUCUGAAACGGCCGAGCGGAAGGCCCAGUGUGAGGAGAAGACAGCGCGCAGUUGGUGGUGGCUGCAUUGUGUCAAUCGAGUCCAGGCCCAGGUGAAGAAGAGCUUGGUGGUAUGCUAUGUGGAAGUGCCUCCGCCAACGUCUUACGAGCUGGAUACUCCCUCGGAAGAGGAUAUUGGCUCGAUGUUGGCUCGUUAUCAAGUCCGGGAAAUGGUUAUCCGAAGAUGGGUUCCCAAUCGGACUCGGGACUAGAAUGAGUGCAUCAUCUGGUUUCUCUGUACUAUAUGUGUUCGAGCGUUUGGGUUUUCUUUUGGCAAGACGUAAAGCACCUUACUCAUUGUAACCAUAUGUAACC